AUGGUACACACUAGCUUCUCAGGCAUUCCUCGGGCGGGCAACUCGAAUAUGGCGGGACACUCGUCUGGCGGUGCAAAGGGCAUUAUCUUGGGAAUGUCCGGCGUGAUCGUAGGGCUGGGAGCUUUCUAUGCCCAUUUGCAUCGCAAGCAUGAAAAGAAGACUCGUUCUGGGACGAAUCCUUAUUAUGAGCAAAGAAUCGCGUUCCCGGAUCCGCCGCUCUCCGUCGCUCGGUUAGAGUCUAUCAUCGAAAGUCAGCCACCUGUCGCGCCUCGAAAGGUGCAUGACGCCAAGCACUUGACUCUCGCAAACUUCGUCGAUACUGAAGCGCGAUAUAUGCAGCCCACCCCUCAACGUUCCAGCGCCGAUGAUCCAAACCGCGCAUACACAAAGCGACCUUGA